AUGGAUGUAGUUUCCACGUCAACUUCCCCUUUCGCUUGUAAAAUCUGUAAUCAGAAGGCACAUGGAAAUCAUUUCGGAGUGAUCAGUUGUCGGGCGUGUGCAGCGUUCUUCCGAAGGACCGCAUCUUCAAAAUGGAGCAAAAUGGGAUGUCGUGGAGGAUCUUGUGAUCAGGACACAUACUCCUGCAAGCCAUGUCGGUUACAAAAAUGUCGAGAUGCUGGAAUGGAUACCACCAAAUUUCAAUAUAAUCGUGACAACAUUCCCACGGUAGGCCAGUUCCAACUCCCACCACCUUCCAUCGAAACUUAUGUUGGACGUCCUGAAUUUCUUCUAUUCUGUGAUACCGAUGCACCGAAUACCAAAGUUCUGAUAGAUGUUCGAUAUCUUCUAGAGGAAGCUGGGCGUAUUUUAAAUAGUGGAAAUGAGUCCCCGAUCUGGGCUGAUACUCAGUUGAAGAAACUCGCGCAUGCUUACAAAUUUAUACGAGUGGAUUUUGAAAACAUGAAAAUGAUUCAACAUGCGGAUCAGAAAAACAUCAUGGAGAUGUGGGAGUAUUAUUUCAUCACGGUGACCAAGUGGUUGAUGUAUUUUGAUGAAUUUCAGAAAUUGAAUCGACAUCUUCAGAUGACUCUCCUCCAAUCCAUCUGGCAUGUUUUCCAAAAGCUGCACAAAUAUGUCAGCACGAUGGCCUACAGGAAAGCAAACCCAUACGCCAAACCAUCUCAUGUAAUAAUCAAAGAUUUGUUCAUGGAUAUUAAUAAUGUGUCAAUGGACUCCUCGUGGAUGAGUGAUUACCCACAUGAGCACGUGAUGAGAUAUCUUAUGGUGCAGGCGUGUCACGAUUUCGACAUAAUUGGAACUCUUCUUGAGAUAGAUCCAACAGAAGUUGAGCUCACCUACCUAUUUGCUCAACUCUGCUUCGAAUACGCUGGGAAGAGAUAUCAAGGAGACAUUCUGAAAGUAACGGAGUCGUUCCAAGAGAUUCUGGCCAAUGACUUGCAUCAUUACUAUGUUGAGGAUCUGAACCGCCCGAGAUAUUUCUUGAGAUUAGCAAAACUGUUGAAGGUCAACAGUGCUAUUCAGAAAGCAAUUUGGGAAAGCCGGCCAAAAAUGGAGCUGGGAAGAGUGUUCAACGUAUUGAAAAUUGAUUAUUCUCACCCAGAAAUGUUCGAGGAUUCUGGAUUUUAUUGA